GGUGUGAGCUGAGCAGACAUAAGAGCUUCUACACCUUCGAGGUGGUUGAGGACUGGCAUUGUGAGCAGCAGCUGGCUCUGCGCACGAUCUGCCUGGGGGAGACAGCAGAGGAUGAGUUCCACGUGGUGGAGAUGAUGUCUGAGGAGGGAGAUGCUCAAAGCGCAGUGCCCCUGGCCACACUGAAACCAUCAGUGCUGCCCAUGACUGCGCUGGUAGGAAUGGAGUUACCCCCCCCAGUCACCUUCCACCUCAGAACUGGUUCUGGGCCCAUCUACAUCAGUGGACAACACUACUCCAUGAUGAAUGACCUGUCCUGGGAGGAGGAGGAGGCAGAGGAGGAGGAAGAGGAGCAAGAGGAAGAAGAGGAGAUGGAGGAGGAGAAUGCUGAAGAAGAGGAACCAGCAGAGGAGUCCCCCAAGAAGCCCCCAAAGGGCCAAAGUGGCCGGAAGGGCAGUGUUGCCAAG